CCACAAAUUGGAGGCUUACAGUACUACAGAUAUAUAUAUGCAGGGUCCCGGAAGGAAACUCAGCCUUACACUUUGUGUCAAUGAGGCGUUCCGCGCUAAUCUUUUCCUAGUGCAAGGCUACCCCGCAAAAUUAGCUACAGCCUUCUUCCUCCUUCUCCAGAGAUAAUCCAUGUUGCAUUUCACCCCAUGAAUCAUCUUCGCCCACUGUACCGGUUCACGAGCUCUUUUUCAAGAUCAAGAUUAAAGUCUGCAAUAUUGUUAAACAACAGCCAUCGCAGAUUUAUCAUGUCUAUCUCCACUAAUGGUGUCGAAGUUGGGCAAGCCGACAAACCCCGCUAUGUAGAUGUAAGACUUGAAUUCACUUGCCCAUACCAAGAGCAUGUAUUCGGCCCAGGAUGCAAAAUAGCUGAUCAAUACAUGCACAGUAGAUAGGUAUAAAUCUCACCGAUCCCGUCUACUCUGGCAUCUACUACGGUACACAACGUCAUCCAGCCGACCUUUCCUCUGUUAUAUCGCGAGCUCUUACCGCGGGAUGUCAGAAAUUUAUUGUUACCGGAUCCGAUUUGGCGGAGUCACGAAAAGCUGUUCAGUUAUCCAAAGAACAUUGUUAGUAUACCGAUUUAGAAAUGUGAGAGUGAUAAACGAGAAACUGGAAAAAGCUGACCGCCAACCCUUACAGCAGGAAUACUCUUCGCAACAGUCGGAGUCCACCCGUGUUCUUGUCUCCAGUUCACCAAGGCGCCAAAUAAUCCGGAGACAUAUCUUCGAGAACUCGAAGAACUAGCAUUGAAAGCAAAGGAUACAAACCACUGCGUAGCAUUUGGGGAAAUUGGUCUCGACUAUGAUCGUCUUACACUUUGUCCAAAGGAUGCCCAGCUGGAAUACUUUGAAAAACAGCUCGACAUAGCGACCCGAUUACACCUUCCGCUCUUUCUGCAUUCACGUGCUGCUCAUGAAGACUUUGUGCGGAUUCUGAAGGCAAGAUUGGAGGAGCUGCCCAACAGAGGGGUGGUCCAUAGUUUCACGGGAACGAAAGAGGAAAUGGAAGAAUUGGUUAGUUUAGGAUUCGAUAUUGGAUUAAACGGAUGUUCAUUAAAAACGGAAGAGAACUUGGAGGUAGUAAAGGCGAUACCUAUGGAGAGACUUCAGAUUGAGACUGAUGGCCCUUGGUGUGAGAUAAGACCAAGUCAUGGUUGGGGUUGAAGGGUUGAAGGAGAAGGAUGAGCGAGGGGAAAGUUUAUCGAGGGCGGAAA